AUGAGCAGGAGAGUCUCUAUAAUACCCAAGAGGAAGUCAUUUAUUGAAAAGACCGGCGACGAGGAAGAAGAGGAAGAACUAAAGGCCGAACUCAACCGAUUGGACUGGGAAACUCUGGCUCUUCUUCGUGAGAUCGACCGUAAAUUGGUCAUUGCGAUAGACAAUGUCAACGAUAAACUAAUGCCUGCGAUUGCAAGAUAUGGCGUCGAGUGUGAAGAAAUUAGCAAAUUCGGUGAAAUGUGGAAACUCUUCUUUGCUAGAGCUGCCAAAGUGGAAUUACAAGCUUAUGAAGAACCAAUACAUUCCGGCAGCGAGGGAAUGUUGUUUGGAAAUGACGACCGUCAAGAGCAAGAGGAAUACACCGAAGAUACACAAAGACAACAACAGCAACAACAACAGCCAAUUGAAGAGGAUGGAUCCAAACCAUUCAACAAGCUAGUGAAUAAGGGAAUCUUAGUUCAAGACGAAGAAAGUAUCACAUGGUCAACUGAACAAGCACCCAACAAACCAUAUGUAUCGUCCACACCCCAGAGAAUUCCUAAAGCAUCAACCACAACAGUCAAUGGUGCAGCUCAUACAUUGGCUCCUGUCAAUAUUAACCUUGGUCCGCCAUCCAACGAUGUUCAAAUUACUCGUACAUACAGAAGAUCUUUAGAUGCAUACCACCGUAUAUCGGUAUCACCAGAAAAAGUAAGAGAUGGAAAGGGAUUGAGAACGCCAAGAAGAAGAACAAUCAUCGACGAUAUUCUCGAUUCUUCACCACCUCUUCCUCCUCCACCUAUUUUAUUAUCUGACAGAUACGAACAAAAUACUCCGGGAUCAAGACUUACUCCAGGAAGUCAGCAAUUGUCGUCAUCUGUUCAAAGGAACCAGCAACAACAACAACAACAACUUUCAUCUGCACAAAGAAUCCAGGGUUCUGGAUCUAAACGAUUAUCCAAUACGCCAAUACUCGACCAGCAUUUAAGUGGAAGUGUGCCAAGAACCGGAAGCGUUCGAAGAAGUGGAAGCGUCCCUAGAGGAAUUAUUGGAAGUAGUUCAGCGGCGGCAGCAGCAGCAGCAGUAACAACAGCAGCAGAAAUGAGUACUCCUUUGGCUAAUAGACUGCGUAUUUCUGAGAAUGAAAUUGUACCAGUGCAACCUAGUGGUGAUAGAGUAGAACAAGAAGAACAUGAAAUUCCACUACUUGAAUUAGAAACCACAGAAAUCCCUAACCAAGGUUCCAAUAAGAGGAGAAAGUUAGAUAACCCAGCUGACAAUGCCGAAGAAAAUGUAUUUUUAGACAACACUGGCAAUAACUCAACCCUUUUCUAUUCACCCAAUAACAAAGAAACAAAUGGUGAUAAUACCAAUCUUUCUCUUACCCAACAAUACGAAGAAAACAUGGCAAGGGUUCUGAGGAACGCAGAAGUUCCACCAGCAACGGGCAUUAUCCCACCACAGAGCAAUAUAUUGGACAGCGACCCUGAGCUAGCACGCUUGCGUAGUCAAUUGGGACCGUUGGCAGAAAAGUAUUUGGAAUUUAGAAAAUCAAACGAAAGAAUAUUAGGAACUCCGAGCAUCGCCUUUGAUUAGUCAAGUCAAAGUUAUGAGCGUGUACUAGGUGAUAGUUAGCAAUGAAAGCGCCUCUAAUCUGAUAUGGAUGGAAAGAAUAGGCGCUCUUUUGCAGCCAAUGUUUACCAUUACUCAUAUAGGGAUGUUCACGUGAUACAUGGUCAGCAUACUUAUAAGCUGACAAAUGGUUGCAAUUUGAUUGGUUGAAUAUUCACGUGAUGCGAAUCGUACAGGUGAUUAUAUUUUGUGGUAGUAACUGAUAACAGAAACUAUAAAUAUGAUUCAAGUUUCUCUUAAAAACCAGAAGUCCUUUCCUUUUUCUUGUUAUCAAAAAGACUUUUCUUUUAACUUUCAUAACUACUACUACUACUUAUAAUAAUAAUGACUUGUUCAUCUGCUGAAUGUGUAUGUGCUAAGAAGUCCACUUGUUCUUGUGGUGCCCGUCCUGCCCAACAAUGCAACUGUGACAAGGCCACUGUUGAAAAUGUCGCUCCUGCUGCUGGUGAUGCCUGUGUGUGUGGAAAGAGAAACAAGGAUGCUUGUACUUGCGGAUCUCACUCUCACUGUGACGGUCACAGAGAAGGUGAAACCGAUUUCACUAACUUGAAGUAAUUGGGAUAAUAAAAUGGUAGAUGCUGGUUCAUAAAAUGUUCAUAAAUUAAUAUAAACUGUAAUAUUACAACUAACUAGAGAUUUCCUUUCAACUUGCACUAAGCAUACGUGUAAACGCUAAUGAUAUAGCGAUGGUGUAGGCCAAGGUAACUCCGAAAUUCGCACCCGGACAAUGUCGUAGCAAACCGAGCAAAAAAAAAAAAAUCCAAAACGCAACUGUAAUGUAACAUCUUCCUUCACAGGCUGUAACCACCAACACAGUUGACCAUGGCUCGAUUAUCAGGAUUGCAAAGAGAAGUACUAAAACUAUAUCGCCAAUGCGUACGAACAGUCAAGACGAAACCGCCAUCUGCGCAAGAACAUUGGCGGAAAUUCAUUCGGGGUGAAUUCAAGCGAUAUCAACAUUUGACCAAGAAAGACUUUGGCGCUAUCGAGCACUUGAUACGAGUGGGUCAUAGACGAUUCGAGAUGUUGCUGGAUCCCCAAAUCAAAGAUAUCAAUGGCUAGCACGAGUCUCAUUGCAUGUACAUAGCAUACACCUUAUUUAUUAUAUACAGUCCUUUCACAAUACAUUUUGCAAAUACGUUUAUCCAAAAGAGAUUAGUACAUUUAUAAUCCAAAUGUGCAUUACGUUUAUAUAAUCCAAACAAUUAAACUGUCUAUGUAUGGCAAACAAAAAAAGAGAAUAACUCAAUCAUCCCAGGUACCCAGCAAACACUUCUUCACAUUCAGUCAACAAACAUUCAGUACUGUCGUUUCUGGCCCCCAUAUCGGUCAUUUCUCGUUCUCCAGUAGAAUCUCUGGCCAAAGUCGGGGCAAACACCACCGCCAAAUUCUUGAAUCCCAUUCGGUUCACAUUCUGCAUCGAACUAACCAACUUCAAAUGGUUGCACAAUAACCACAAUGUGUGUCUAUUUGCCCGUGGCAAUUUGUAAAUUACCUUCUUCAACUCUUGUGCCCGGCGUUCUCGUGGAUUAGAGGUAGAUACCCGAAUAAACUCAUCAUAUAAACCGAAUGGGAUUAUUGGAUCAUUUAAUUUGCGUAAAUACCUCUUCAACGCUGAUGUAACGGCAUUGAUAUCCCCCGACAUCAACUCUUCCAACUUCUUAUCUUCAGUGACACCUGGUGCUAAAUUGGCAAAUGCGGUUUCAAUGGCAACUAUAGUCGAAUUACCACCGGAAAUUCUGUAUAUCCCUUCAGAUUCUAACCCGCGGAGCUCAACCACAGAAAUACAUUUGGUUAUAAUAAAUGGAACUUUUGUCCCUUCAUAAUCAGCUCGAGCUUGAAUAGUACUAGAAAACAAAUCAUGGCUCUGUUGAUGAUCACCCAAAAAUGAGUCGAGAAUAUUGGUGGAAAUCGAACGGUGGAAUUUACUUCCAGAUACACUGUUGCUAACUGGUUGGCUGAUUCGUAAUCCUUGGGCCAGGAAACUGGAAGGUACACUACUAGUACUUGAUUGUGCUGAUUCAGGAAUGGUAGCCACUGGCGCAUUAGUAGUAACCAAGUUCUUUUGGCGUCUCCAGAACCUGAGUCUAGUGGCUUUAUGAGAUUGUUCAUCUUCAUUAGAUGUUGUGGAUUCACCAAGGGUAGUCACGGAUUCGGCAAGAUCAGUAGGUUUAUUCAAAGGUGAACUUGAAUCAGUUUCUAUACUUGAAGAUCUGGUAAGCUUGUAAUGUCGAUUUUGUUCCCGUAAUUGGUUAUUCUCUUCAGUCAAUCUUGCCUUAGUGCCUUGUAAUUCGGCAACCUGUUUAUGGAGCUCAUUCAAUUUUGACUCUUCAAACGUAACCUGUUUCAGAAGUUUCCUCAACAGUUCUUCCAAUUGCAGCCUCUCAACCUUCAACGUAAUUAACCCAGUUUCAAGUUCCAGCUUGGUAGACAUAAGUGAAGAAAUCUCAGCUUUAAUACCAGCAAUCCCCAAAUUACUGGGCUCGUUGACAAACUCAAACCCAGGCACUUUAUCUUCAUCAAUAACAUCGGCCCUAGCAAAACUUCCAUUAAAACUAUUGCGAUUAACCAACGGUGGAGUACUAAAUGCGGUUCCAUUGAGACUGUGAAUUGAACUUUCACUCACUUUUCGGGAAUGCGUCUUGCUGUCCACACCAUCCUUUUUGAAGAAAUUAAACUUAUUCAAAGAAGAAGGAGUCGAAGUUGACCCAUUUGAGGACGUACGACGAUGCUUCAAACUACGGAUAAGUGAUGUCUUUCUCGUUAAUUGUUGCUGCUGAAGUAGCUGCUGCUGUUGUUGUUGGUCUGGUGGUUGAUCAAGAUGUGUAACACUAUGGGUAACUGUAGCCAACGCCAUAGCACGGUUUAAUUCAUAAUCAACGCCUUCUACGCCUAGUCCUAACCCACGUACUUCUUGCAGGGCUUCAUCGGGUGUACUAGGAACGGGUAAUUUUGGCGGUGGUGAAGUUAAAAAUGGCGUACCAUUAUGACUG